UCAGUGGAUGAACGUCCCGGGGUCUCAUCAUCCACCCAGGCAUCCUUGGUCGCCAAAAGAAACUGAGACAGGGCGGCUGUCACGCCCCAAGCUCUGCCAUCCCCAGCGCCCACCUCGCUGCUCACCUGGCGGCCUCCCCUUUAAGACGCGCUCACCUGGCGGCCUCCCCUUUAAGACGCGCUCACCUGGCGGCUCACCUGGGUGAGGGCGCUUCCGCAGGAAGAAGGAAGCGGCGCCGCCGCCUCUGCCUCUCGCUCCCGCCUCUCAGCUUCUACGGCCGCCACCAUGUCGGCCUCGGCCGUCUUCAUUCUGGACGUCAAGGGCAAGCCCCUGAUCAGCCGAAACUACAAGGGUGAUGUGCCCAUGACGGAGAUUGACCACUUCAUGCCACUGCUUAUGCAGCGUGAGGAGGAGGGUGUGCUGGCCCCACUGCUCAGCCAUGGCCGAGUGCACUUCUUGUGGGUCAAACACAGCAACCUCUACUUGGUGGCCACCACGCUGAAGAACGCCAAUGCCUCUCUGGUGUACUCCUUUCUGUACAAGACAGUGGAGGUCUUCUGUGAGUAUUUUAAGGAGCUGGAAGAGGAGAGCAUCCGCGAUAAUUUUGUUAUUGUGUACGAGCUGCUGGACGAGCUCAUGGACUUUGGCUUUCCGCAGACCACAGACAGCAAGAUCCUGCAGGAGUACAUCACACAACAGGGCAACAAACUGGAGACGGGCAAGUCUCGAGUACCACCCACAGUCACCAAUGCCGUGUCGUGGCGCUCUGAGGGGAUCAAGUACAAAAAGAAUGAGGUCUUCAUUGAUGUCAUAGAAUCUGUUAACCUUCUGGUCAAUGCUAACGGCAGUGUCUUGCUCAGCGAGAUUGUGGGCACCAUCAAGCUGAAGGUGUUUUUGUCUGGGAUGCCAGAGCUGCGGCUGGGCCUCAAUGACCGAGUACUCUUUGAGCUUACUGGCCUUUCAGGCAGCAAGAACAAGUCUGUGGAACUGGAAGACGUGAAAUUCCACCAGUGCGUGAGGCUUUCGCGCUUUGACAAUGACCGCACCAUCUCCUUCAUUCCCCCGGAUGGGGACUUUGAGCUCAUGUCCUAUCGCCUCAGCACCCAGGUCAAGCCCCUGAUCUGGAUUGAGUCAGUCAUUGAGAAAUUCUCCCACAGCCGAGUGGAGAUCAUGGUCAAGGCUAAGGGGCAGUUUAAGAAGCAGUCAGUGGCCAAUGGUGUGGAAAUAUCUGUGCCUGUACCCAGUGAUGCAGAUUCCCCACGCUUCAAGACCAGUGUGGGCAGUGCCAAGUAUGUGCCUGAGAAGAAUGUUGUCAUUUGGAGUAUCAAGUCCUUCCCUGGCGGCAAGGAGUACCUGAUGCGAGCCCACUUUGGGCUCCCCAGUGUGGAAACUGAAGAGGUGGAGGGCCGGCCACCCAUCGGAGUCAAGUUUGAGAUUCCAUACUUUACUGUCUCCGGCAUCCAGGUCCGUUACAUGAAGAUCAUUGAGAAGAGUGGGUACCAGGCCCUGCCCUGGGUCCGAUACAUCACCCAGAGUGGGGAUUAUCAACUUCGUACCAGCUAGAAGGGAGAAGAAGUGGGGGUUUGAACAUGAGACUUCCCUCUCCCCAGAUCCCAGCCUCAGACUAGAGAAAGACGGUGUAUGUGUGUGUGUGUGUGUGUGUGUGUGUGUGUGUGUGUGUGUGUGUGUGUGUGUCCAUGCUGGGUGCUGCCAGCACCCAACCCAUGUACCUCUCAGCUGCCUAGAAUGGUUUCUCUGUGUCCCUCACCCUUGAGCUCUCCCAUCCUGAUUUUAUAUGAAGAAAUAAGGGAGUCUGAACUACCCUCCCCUUCCAUGAGUGCCUUCUUGAAAUGGCCUGCCUUGGGCUAGCUCUAGGGCUCUUUUAUAGCUGUUGAGCCAAGGCCCUGCUGGCCCUCUAUCUGAGUUUUAGGGUGUCACUAAAAUAAAUAUUACAGCUGUGAA